AUGGCUCCAACCGAAGCUUCUAUUCUAAGCAAAUUUCUGCUUUCCCCGGCUCCACUGCCGACAGCGAUCUCGCUGCAGCAGUUCACAGAGCUCUUUCCAAAGCGACUACGAGCUCAUCCGCACAUCCGAGUUCUCUAUCGCGAACUGCAACAAGUUCGAGAACAAGACAUGGAUCUAGUCAAUGAAAAUAUUGACAAGGAACUGCGACAAAGUGAACUUCAAAAAGCAGAACUUCGCAAGUCCCUCAUGCGCACCGGUGUCGACGGAAUGAGCAUGGAUGACCAGCGCGAGAUGGACAUGGACGUCCAAUUGUUUGGUCAGGCGUCUUCGGCCGGCCCUGGCGACUACCAUUCAGCCUCUAGCUUACUCUCCUCCAUGGAGGCAGCAUGCUCCAGUAUCGAGCAGGAGAUGGACGAGGUAGAAAAAGGCGCAACUGCUAUUGUUUCGCAGCUUAACACCACUGUUGGGGAGCUGAGCGACCUGCGGUACGGGAAAAUGCGCGCCUCUGUAGGGGCUACGGAUGAAGAGGUGGUGCAAGAGGCUAUCAGUGACCAAAUGCCGUCAAUUCCUCUUCACCCCCGCGCGUCUGUGACGCGUUCCGCCGCGGACAAUCCCCUCCCUCAACUCCUCCAGACACCUUCCGGACUCGCACUGCUAGAGCUCCAGGGCACAAUAAACCUACCAGAAAAUGAAAUCGAUUUUGAAGAACCGAACAGCGGAUCCGGAACUAGCACCACCUUUGAGACCCCGGUUGGAAAACUCAUGUUUCCAGACUACUCGCCGCAAACCACCGCGCCCGACGACACGGAAUGGAUGAAAAGGGUUUACCUGUACGUCGGAAGAUACCAGAGGAUGACGGGGGAGGUGAAGAAGCUGCCGAACCCGUUUGCAGUGGUACAGCGACGUCAGCCGCAGGCCGAAUCUCAUAAUGCUCGAAACGCCGCUGACGGCAUCUCCGAGGAGCUGGAGAUCGUCGAGAUCGUGAAGUUUAAAAUAAUCUUCAAGAAUCGACCGGAGCCUGUCAAUGAUAAUUGA